GUACCCAUAACUCGUUACGGCUGGCCUUCUUCAUUCUCAUUAACCCAAACCUUGAUAGCUACGUGCAUUCUUCUAGUUCUAUUAUCAGUAACAUCCCCAUCUCCCUGUACUUUGACAGUGUCACCGACAAGAUCAACAGCGUGGUGCAGAAGCACGGGGCCACCUUAGUCCAUUGUGCCGCGGGCGUGAGCAGGUCGGCCACCCUCUGCAUCGCCUACCUGAUGAAGUACCACAAGGUGACCCUCUUUGAGGCAUACAACUGGGUCAAAUCGAGACGCCCCAUUAUACGCCCCAACGUGGGCUUCUGGAGGCAACUGAUAGACUACGAGAGGAAGCUCUUUGGGAAGACAAUGGUUAAAAUGGUACAGACACCAUAUGGCAGCAUCCCAGAUGUUUAUGAGCGAGAAAGGAGACCCCUGAUGCCUUACUGGGGAAUUUAA